AUGCAACCCAAAGCCAUCCUGUCCCUUCUUCCUCUCCUGCCGCUCGUGUCGGCCAUUUGCCCAGGCUAUAACUGGGGCUUCUUCCACCUUGGCAGUAGCAAGUGGGGCAUAGCAGAUAGUCGCUGCCACGAUUUCGUGCAGCUCCCCUGUGAUAACCCGUGUAACUGCCGCGAUUCCUUGGGUUGCUCACCCGCCGGCUCCGUCAACAAGGUCAAAGUCAACAACCUGUGGUACAAUUGCCGCGAUGGGCCCAACAAGGGCGCCUGUCCUGCUACUUCUUUCAUCUCUUUCGCCGGCCGCGUUCCGGAAAGCUGCUGCCGCAACGACGGCAAACGCAACUUCGAAGAGGGUCUCAUCAGCAGGCGGCACGCGGAAGCUAUCGAAACCACCAACGGGAUUCUCGAACGUCAUGAGCAGGAAUUCGGACAUGCCGAGAAGCGAGGCCAUGACUUGACGAAGCUUCGACGCCGCCAGCUGAGUGAGGUCGACCACUAUAUGAAGCGAGAGGUGGAGGCUGCUGCUGCUUUGGAUGAUGAGUAG